AGAUUUAACAAUUGAUAGGUAGUCGGGUUGUGUUUGACCGGGUGGAUAUGCGCGAGCAAAGUCAAGGAGCUUACUUUCCCCUCUGUUAUGGGGUUAUUCCCAGCGAUGGACACAGGGAGGAAGGAGGAACAGCGGCUGGUGUUUCUUGAUUUUCACGCUCAUAAACGUGCAGAGCAUCGCAGAGGGACACUGGCCUUUGAAUUGUAGCAUAAGAGAACCGUUAAUAAGGUUUGAAUUAAAGGAAUGGUUGGCUGCUCGUAUGUUUAUUGACGCAAGACAGUGAAGGGGACUAAAUAGAGGCGCAACCAUGACGACGGAGAGCUCCAAGCAACAUUUGGAUUCACCUUAUCCUCUGAGCUCUAGUCCAGCAGCUGCUGCUGUGAACGCAGCGCUGCUGAACGCACAGCCAGGGAUGGAGAGCGCGCAGGCUGCGUCCACUAAAUGGAAAAAGGGAAACUCUGGCUUAAGGCGCCCUGAGAAGCCUCCUUACUCAUACAUCGCCCUUAUUGUGAUGGCAAUCCAAAGUUCACCGAGCAAAAGACUAACUCUAAGUGAGAUCUAUCAGUUCCUGCAGGCCCGCUUCCCUUUCUUUAGGGGGUCCUACCAAGGCUGGAAAAACUCCGUCAGACACAACCUUUCCCUGAACGAGUGUUUUAUUAAGCUGCCUAAAGGUCUCGGUAGACCUGGAAAGGGGCACUACUGGACCAUAGAUCCUGGUAGUGAGUUUAUGUUUGAGGAGGGUUCUUUUCGCCGGAGACCUCGCGGGUUCAGAAGGAAAUGUCAAGCUUUGAAACCAAUGUACAGGAUGAUGAACGGUAUAGGCUUUGGUGCGUCCAUGCUGCCCCAGAACUUCGAGUUCCAGUCUCCACCAGGCUCAUUAGCAUGUCACAACAGCUACAACAUAGACCUGAUGGGUAAUACAGUGCCAGGAGGCUAUGAGGGACUCGGGGGAGGACAUCACGUCCCCCACAUGUCAUCAGGCUCCGGGUCAUCAUACAUGUCCGCGUGUCAAGGGGGCUCUAAUGCUGACUAUUGCCCAGACAGCAGCAGCAGCCCCCUGCAGACCCCUUUGGACUGUCAGGCUGCUUAUGCAAAUGCAGCAUCACACUGGAGCUCACCUGUGUCUUCAUACAUCAAACAGCAGACUGUGGCAUCCAGCUCUAACACUUCUUCUAUGCACGCGGGCAUGUCCUCUUACGCUCUGGAGCAAGGCUACCUGCACCACAACGCGCGAGACUCCUCUGAGAUAUCAGUGGGUCUGUCUCGGUAUUCCGGUCACUCUGCUCCUGUGUGUGACAGGAAGGACUUCGUUUUGAACCUCAACGGAAUCUCUUCUCUCCAUCCCUCCAGCAGCGGAGGAUCUUACUAUCAUCAACUCCACCACCAUCACCAGAGCGUCUAUCAGGACGUAAAGCCGUGCGUCAUGUGAAUAAACAAAACCGCAACAAAAAAGAAGGAAUUUGCAUUUUUUAACCAACAAGUUGAGUUUCUGCAGAAUUUUUGGUGAUUUAAUUUCCUUUCAAAUCAGCUUGAAGACGGAAAACUUCCCACACAAAGACCUUUUAUUUUAAUCAAAUAACUCUUAAAUAUCAGACAUUGCUAUCUUGGCACUAAAUGCUUUCGUUUCAUGAUUGAUUUUCUAUGCAGGGAAGAGCAAUGUCAACAUUUUAUAGGUGAAACGUUCCUGAAUUCUCUUGUAUUCAUGCACUAACAUUGGUUUUUAUAAAAAUUUUCAAAUUAUGCAGAAUUCCUGCAGAAAGCCCUUUGAGAAAAUUGUUAAGAAAAUGAAAAUCACAAGUGUUUAUUGUCUCUCACAAUAAAACAAUCGUCUCUUUUCAUCAGCA